AUGGUGAUGAUGAGGAUGAUGAUGCGCUGGGUGGUGUGCGGCGUGGUCCUGGUGUUGAUUCAAGCGGUGACGCAUCAUGUCGCCAUGGCUGGACCCACGCCCACAGACGAUCCCGUGCUGUACUCGGGCACAGUUGGCUGCUCGCUUGACGUGCCCACAAAUGUGACGCAUGUUCUCGGUAACAUCACUUUAUCCGUAUGUGGCUCAUUGACGGCACGGAGACUGAGCGUGUUUGACAAGCUCGUUGAAGUGAGCGGGAACCUCAAAAUCGAGAAUAAUAUCGCCCUAACCAAUCUCGAUGGGCUCAGGAGCUUAAGAAGCAUUGGCGGCUAUUUGAAUAUUCGGAACAAUGAAGCUUUGACCAAUGUCGACGGGCUCGGGAGCUUGACAAUCGUUGGCGGCUAUGUGGAUUUGAGGAGCAUUGGAGCUUUGACCAAUGUCGACGGGCUCGGGAACUUGACAAGCGUUGGCGACUCCUUGAGUGUUUUGUACAAUCGCGCCUUGACCAAUGUUGAUGGGCUCGGGCACUUGACAAGCGUUGGCGGCUCCUUGGAUGUUAGGAUUAACGAAGCUUUGACCAAUGUCGAUGGGCUCGGGAGCCUAACCCGUGUUGGCGAUAACCUGCACGUUCAGUUCAACCCCGUUUUGACCAAUGGCGAUGGGCUCAGGAGCUUGACAAGCAUUGGCGGCUCCUUGGAUGUUAAGUACAAUAACGCCCUGACCAAUCUCGAUGGACUCGGGAGCUUGACAAGCGUUGGUGGCUCUUUGGAUGGUAAGUACGACGACAGCCUCACCAGCAUCCCCUACAACGUCUGGUGGAGAGGCUUGGCCUACAGUGAGCCAGGGUACACUGAAAUGACCGUUGCAACUUCAUACAUCCAGUGCGCCAGCAACCGAAGCCCCGAUGCCCUUGACAUGAUCAAGUGCAAGUGCUUCGAUCCACCCUACGAAGACGCCCCCUUUUGUCCCAAACCAGCUCAGAAUGUGGUGUGCUCGUCCACUGGCAGCGUUCUCGACAUUGUGCAAGUUUGCGAUGGUGUUGAUGAUUGCCCAAAUGGAGAAGACGAAGCCUCGUGCCGUGGUGUUCUGGGAUUGCGCUCCGUUAGCCACGACCUCCCAAGCUUUCUGGAUCGAGACUGCAUCAGCCAGAUCGAGCUGUGGGUUCAGCACGGUGUCAUCCAAUCUGUUGUACCUCAAGGCGCCGGUAAUCACUCGUGCCUUUCCUGGCGCGGCGCCGUGCGCAACUGGGACGCCGCAGAGCUCUACUUUGCCCUCGGCAGUGCUCGCAUGUUGGUGACGGAGCGCCCGAGACCGUGGGUGGUGAUGGCGGUCACCCUGCGCUCGAUCAGCCCUCUGAGUGAGGAAGUGCCACUCCGUGCUGGAUAUCAACUUAUUGAAGGCGCCUUAUUCGGCCUCAAGAGCAACGGUGUGCCAUUUGGCGCAGCCCCCACCCUGCCUUCGCUGGCAGGAUUCGACACACAGUAUACGACACAGGUUGAUGGUGUCAUUCCAACAACAACAGCAGCAACGAUGACAACACUGGCCGCUUUGACCUCUGAAUCAAAGGGCUCAUCAGCCAACGCUUCAUCUAUGAUUGUCGUCGUGGCAGUAGCGACGUCAAUCACGCUGCUGGCCGUCGUCGCCGCGAUCGCAUACACAAUGUUCCGGCGCACACGUCGUCGCAUCGAGCGAACGGCAAUGGAGAGUCAGGUCCUCACAUUGAUGCACCAAGCUCGUGCAAACUUUGCUGCUGCCUAUCCUCAUCUGCAUUCAAUGCCGCUUGAGCUGGUUGACUCUGAUGCUGUCACUGUCGAACAAGUGAUUGGCCAUGGCCAUUUCAGCAAUGUCUAUCGGGCAAGCCUGGUAGAUGCCGAACAGGGGUCACGACAUGUUGCCAUCAAGGAAUGCGAUGCCGACAAAACGACGCUUUCGGCGUGGUUGCGUGAAAUCAUGCUUCUGCAUAGUGUUCGUGAUCAGCCCAACAUCAUUGGGCUUCACGGCGUGAUGCUCAGAGUGGCCGAGCGAUCGAAUGUAUCGGCAGUGCUCGAGUGGGCACCACACGGUAACCUCCGCGACUUUGUGCGAAGAUCCCCGCUGAGCGAGGCUCAGCUGUAUCAAGCCUUGCGUCAGAUGGUCAAGGCUCUGGCAUACCUGGCCAAGCUUGAAAUUGUACACCGCGAUAUCGCCGCGCGGAAUGUGCUUGUGAUGGCGGUCAACCCAGCGUUCAACUGUAAACUGGGCGAUUUUGGCUGUCAGUUGAGAACCGCCCUCCUUGUUUGUUUGUUUGUGUCUCGGGUCAUGCCAAGCUCGGAGUAUUAUCGGAGUGUUGCAGACAGCGAGAUGCCCUUCCGGUAUGAUGUGCCCAGCUCGCGUGGAACCUGGCAACCAUGGUUGCGGGCUGCUUUCAAGCCGCUCCAGAAUCCCGAUCUUCGUUUGCCGAGUUGCUCGAGUUGCUCGAGUUGCUUCCGGCCCAACACAGCACCGCCGCCUGGCUCUCUCUCUCUCUCUCUCUCUCUAAAGCUCUCUCUAAAGCUCUCUCUCUCUAAAGCUCUCUCUAAAGCUCUCUCUCUCUCUCUCUCUCUCUCGUCUGUGGCGGCGCUGCGCGACAUGGACGCCAGUGCCCUUUCGGACUUUUUGACUAGCGACGAUCUCAAGACCCUCUCCCUCGACCCAAAGACGAUGAAACCAGAGUCGGAUGACUUCAACCGCCUGGAUCUCGACAAGGCCGGGCCAGCCUUGACCUACAUCUUCUCCAACGCCGUCAAGGCCAAGUUGGCUUCAGCCCACGCCCACGCCCGCGUCUCUGAUACACGUGGCCGCCACAACAAGGCUUACACUUGUGCUGUCAGCACGAGCAGCAAGCCCUGUUACACUAGCAAGUUUGGCUCUGUCGGUGCUUGCACCGCGCCGGGGCGCUCAGACGAGUACGAUACCCCGGCCCAAGCCAUGGCUGGGGCCGAACACCUUAUGAUGACCAAGAUCAAAAAGGGCUACAAGAUCGAUCACAUGCCCGGCAUUCGUGGAGUGCAACACGCACACUCGCGUCGACUUGUUCAAGCCAAUGAUCCCAGCGGCGAGCCCCUGCCCAAGUACCGCAAGCUGGCGCCCGAGCAGCUCUUGCCCCUAGACGAACGCUUUCAAGUUCCGGCCGAGAAGCUCAAAGCCGAUGAGCUCAAGGAAAGGCUGGCCGCUGCCUUUUUGCCCACCGAAGGCACCGUCAAUGUCCUCCGCAUCCGAUACAUGCUCCACCUGGGCACGCAACCCGUCUUUGGGUUCCAACCCUUUACCUUUAUCAACUGCGAAUAUGUGCCCAGCGAGCAGCUUGCAAGCCCUUUUAUCGCCCCCGCCGCGCUCCUCCUACCUGCCGACGUGGCCAAGGUGCAGGCCAUGCUCAACGACUGGCAAGCCGCAGACAUCGCCCCGAUUCUUGCCACCGAGGAAGCCGCCAAGGGCAUUAUCGAUCACGCUUACACAACUGCCGAAUACUUGGAGCUUCACCUCGCUGCCCUCAAGGUCUUCAUCGACCGCGCCGUCGAGCGUCAAACCGCCCUCAUCACCUAUCUCAACUAG